GUCCAGCCUCACCGCGGCUCCACUUUGCGGGCGCGUGCUUCUGUGCACGCUCACGCUGACUAUUGUGUUAUUUCUCAUUAACGGCAGACCACCGUCAGGGGCCUUGUGGGAAACCGUGUCCGGUUAGCGGAACGACAAGGACGCUGCAAAACCAUGGCGGACGAACAGGAAAUAAUGUGCAAGUUGGAGAACAUCCUGGAAAUACGGAAUAAGACGAUCCAGAUGCAGAAGAUCAAGUCUCGGCUGAAGAUGGAGUUUGAGGCUCUGGAAUCCGAAGAGAAACAUCUAAAGGAAUACAAACAAGAAAUGGAUCUCCUCCUACAAGAGAAAAUGGCUCACGUUGAGGAGCUGCGCCUCAUUCAUGCAGAUAUUAAUGUUAUGGAGAGCACCAUCAAGCAGUCAGAAAAUGAUCUGAAUAAGUUGCUAGAAACAACUCGCCGCCUUCACGAUGAGUACAAACCUCUGAAAGAGCACGUUGACGCCCUCAGGAUGACUCUUGGUCUGCACAGACUCCCUAACUUGAAUGAAGAGGAGGAGAAGCUUUCCCUGGACUACUUUGAGAAGCAGAAAGCAGAGUGGCAGAAGGAGCCACAUGAGCCUGCCAUCCCAGAAUCCCUUGCUGCCGCUGCAGCAGCAGCACAGCAGCUUCAGGUGUCCAGGAAGCAGGACGCCCGGCAGACGGCCACCUUCAGACAGCAGCCUCCACCUAUGAAGGCUUGCCUGUCCUGCCACCAGCAGAUUCAUCGCAACGCUCCCAUCUGUCCGUUAUGCAAGGCCAAAAGCCGCUCGCGCAACCCAAAGAAACCCAAGAGGAAGCCAGACGAGUAGACCUUACUUGCACCUUCGGCAGCAGCCACUCCGAAACACUGAUGUCAGAUCAGUUGUGCAUAUGACUGAAAUCAAAGCUCCAUGCUGCGGGACAUUUUCCACUCAGUCUUCACUUAAGUAAACUGUCUUAGGGAAUUGUUUAGAACCUGCCAACAGUUGAUUAUAGAUGUGGUGAUGUCAUUUUGUUGUCCGUGUUCUCCAGCGCUUCUUUCAGUGUGUUUAUAUGUAACUGUAUAACUCCCAAAGUAGUUUACUAGCCCUUGGACCGUGUAAAUGCAAUAAUGCAAACGUGAACUUGUCUAAAUAACGUUGCUUCUUCUUGUUUAAUGCGUUAGAUGUGUUUUUGUGCUCUUAGUUUUCUGCGGUGCAUGCCUGCUACCACAGCCGUUGUGUAUUUUAGUGCCAAUAUAAAGUCAAAUGGUUUCAAUAGCUAAGUUAACUACAAUGUUGUUUUAAGUUUACAGUACUCAGAGUCACCACAGAAACUGGAAAAAGGGCGCAUUUGCUUUGAACAGCGUUCUAUUUAACUUCAGUAUAGGCAAAAGAAAAUAAAUUGAUGUUUUGUACGGA